AAUCAAAACGACUGGAAGUAGAGAAUUAAACGAAAAACUUCAAAACUACAAUCUACGUUUUAGGGGAAAACCGAAACGCUUCUUUAUAGGAUUAAAAUAACUUAACUCUAAGUGAAAUCAGAAAACCGAAAAAAAAAAUCAUCCUCAUCAUCAUCCUCUCUGGUUUUGCUGUGCGGAAGGGGAGAAAAUAUUAUGGACAAGAAGCCAACUCUUGGAGAGCAAAGAGUUGGUACGAAUUUUCAACAAAACCGCCCACAGCAGCAACUGGAAUUUUUAUCAUCCUCAUCACCAAGUCUAGCUUGUAAACCGGAAAGCAUAUCAAACUCACCCUCUCCCAGAUCCACCAGACGACGCCAUCGCCUGCAGAGAUCCACAGAUAAUUUCGAUUCCGAUGAUGCUGAGAAUUUUCUAAAUUCCAGACCCGGUCCCCAGCAAGUCUCAGGCGUAAUGGGUGGAGGUUUUGUGACACCUCCCACGGCUGCCUAUACCAGAGACUAUAUCGACAACGCUGUUACCACUGUAGCGGUAUUAACGAACAACGAAUCCACAAAGCCAGGAAGCGCACAUCCUUCCUCUGAACAGCCUCCUGCCACCACCAAACAAAUGCACGAAAAACUCUUGGAAAACGACGGGUGUGACAAAACGCCCCCGUCCUCAAAGGGCGACAAGGGGAAGGCGCAUAAACCCCACAAAGAAUCGAAAUUUGCUGAAAAACUUCGACGUAGCUUUCGCAGGGCUGAACACAAGUCGUUGGAAAUCAAGCGACAGGAUAAGCUCGAUGCCGAGCGUUGUGGUGGCCUAAGGCCUUUGCAUCAACAGCUCCAGAAUUCGGCAUCGAUUUUCUCGCUGACAAAUCUACCAGGUCUGGGUGGCCACAUAAAUCCAGCUCUGCUCUUGGAUAGUCCCGACGAAAGUACCCCUCCCGAAUUUGCCUAUCGCCAUUUGAGUAGUGUGGCAACGACGAAUUCCAGUACCUCGCUCGAGAGUAAUUUCUGUGAGAGUCCAACCACCAGCAUCAGCUACUGGGCCUGGCACAUGAACAACAACAACAUGGGCGGAGAGGUGAGCACAGCAAAUUCCAAUCCGAACUCAAAUCAGGCGAAUCGAAAUCUAACGGCUCCCAGCCAAACAGAGGUUGGGGCCAGUGGUACCGGCAACCGUGCCAAUCGUCGUCUGGAGCAACAAAGCAGCAGUAAAAGUGAGCAGGGUGGUGGGGGAGGUGGAGGUGCAGAUCAUCCCAGUGUCACGGCGGACAGUCGCAGCUGUAGCACGGCCAGUGAAAGCAGCACCGCUGCUAAGCUGACAAGGCUACAGAAUUUCCUCUUCAAGUCCAGCAAUGAAAGUUCGCGUAGCAUCCAGGGCCAUUCCAAUGAGGGCUUUACCAUAUCCUCAUUUAACUCCUCUUCGGGGGAAUGGGAAAAUCUCUGUAACUUCCCGUCCACAAGUCAGAGUGUUGCCCACAACGAAGACACCGGCCAGUUUCCGCUGGCCAUGGAACCGGAGGAGGCAUCGAGGAAUAAAAAAGAAAAUCUAAGUGACUCCAAUGGUUCGCUGAGGAAUUACUACCAAUAUACCCUGGCCUCGCCCAGUAACCCAUUUCUACCCGAAAUUACAGCCCGCACCUAUCACAGUACCUAUGAAGAGGAGGAGGAGGAUAGGGAGCUGGAAGAGGAACUCGAUUCGAAUGUGACCUCGGUAAAGUAUCGCAUUGGCUGUCACUCGGCCCAGCUGCCCACACCGAACUAUAGCAGAACAGGUUCGCAGGAAUCCACCCACAGUGAUUAUGCAGGCGGGGCAUAUGGUGGCCUAUCCGGUUCGAAUCGUUAUGAUAGCUCCAAUUCCUCUUUGGCUACCACCUCCACACCGGGAAAACACAAACGUAAACUGUUUAGCCUCUCCACACCCACCAAACUGGAUUUCCCCCACAACACCACCCAGCCAGCCAUUACCAGCAGCAGUCAGACAUCUUCCCAACAUUCGAAUGCCUCAAAAACUACUUCUUCUUCAUCUUCCUGCAACCUAGUGCGUAGCCUUAAUCCUUUCUUGCCUUCCACGACGGUGACAUCAUCGUCGCCACCGCAACGAACCUCCUCGUCGAGUAGUCUAAACAAACAACAACGUAUGGGACCAUUUAAACAGCAGGCUGUUACCUCGCCCAUUGCCAUACCGACAGCCACAGGCCAACAUCAAUCGUAUUUCUAUCAUCACAGCAAUUCGCCGCAGCAGCAGAUGUCGGGAUCGGGGCCAUUGCGAGACCUGAACGCCAGGAGAGAGGAAUUCCUCAAGGCCACAAUGCAAAUAUGUUUGGUUGUAUCGCCGCCAUCCUCAAGGUUGCAGUUAAAAUCCAAAAGUCUUACUCACCUCGAUGGCCUGCAAUCGGAAUUGGUUUCCAAUACUAGUGACGCUGUUGUCCAGUCGUCCAGUAGUGCCAUUGCCGCCAUUUCAUCAUCGUCACCCUCCAGCAGUUCCCAGCAUACGCUCAAGCCACUAGCAUUGCCUUUGCCGGCUGGCGGCAGCUCCUAUGCCGACAAUAAUGCCGCUGCCACGACCACGAGCACCACCACUGCAACCCUGUCCUAUGGGUCAUUGGGGGCCGCUGACCAAAUGGGUUCCGGCUCCAUGUCAUCCACAUCAAGCCUCUAUCCGUAUUCACAUGGCAGCAGCGGCGGCGCCGGCGGUGGUGGGGGUUGUCUCACGCCCACCAGCAGCACCAGCCUCAGCAACACCGCGGCCAGUCACAAGAAGAAGUCCUCGUUUUUGCAACGUAAAAAGCCAAUACUCACACGCAGUGAGGUUUCUAGUUCAGAAUACUUUUUGGUUAGUUUUUGCAAUGAAUCCGGCUGUCAAGAUGAGUUUUUCCCUGCCGCCAAAGGAGUUACUCUGGCCAACGCUUUAAGUCAAGCUUUAAGAAAACGUAAUUUAAGUUUUAGCCAAUUAACAAUAACCGACAGUUAUGACAAUAAUCAGACCUCAGCAUUUUUGGGAGCAGGAUCUUCACCGCUACAAAUUUCACUGGAUGAAAAUACGGAAGUGGAAAAUUUGGCAGGCCAUCAUUUGUUUGUCAGUGACAAGGACAGUUCAAAGAAAACCCUACAGAAAGCAGCAUCAUUUGGUUCCCGAGCCCGUCCACCCCGCCUUUUGUCAUCUGCCUCCACAGAUGAGUCUUCGGAAGUCAAUAUAACCGGCAAACAGCCCAAACAGCGUUGGUCCGGCCUGUUCGGUGUCAAAAAUCCCCAACAAAGUCAAUUAUGUGAAUUGCUAAAUAGCUAUUCGAAAAAUGGGGUACCCCAGAGAACGCCUGCCACCUUGAAUUUCGAUCAUCCUGAUCUGGAUAAUGCCAUAGAGUAUUUGGAUAAAAUGCACAAAUCCUGGACAGAUUUUGUGGAAUGCAGUAGCAUGAAUGAUGUUGAGAUGAGAAUACAGACUGCCAUCUGGGAAUUGGUGACCACGGAGGUGGACUACAUACACUGUCUGCAAACGGUGACAGAUCUCUUCUUGGCCUGCCUGGAAUCGGUGCAGGAGGAGGGCCUGCUCAAGGAGGUCGAUCAACAUCGUCUGUUUGCCAAUAUUCGCGAUAUCUGUGAGGCUAAUCUAAAAUUUUGGACUCUCUAUUUGUAUCCCAUGGUGGCGCAUAGCAUUCAAACCCGUGAACCGCUACGCAUAGGUUUCUUCCAGCCGGGUUUUAUUGCCUUUGCAAAUCUGUUCGCCCCCUAUAAGAAGUACUGUGCGGAACAGAGUACCUGUCAAUUCUAUUGCAAAGAAUUGAAUCGUACAAAUUCGCUGUUUACCUCGUAUCUGGCAUGGUGUGAGGCCCAGAAAAUGUGUAAUCGCUUGAGGCUGGCCGAUAUCUUGGUGCGCCCCAUGCAACGUUUGACAAAGUACAGCUUGCUGCUGACGGCUAUAAAGAAACAUAUGACAGACAUCGAAGAAAUUGAGGCUUUAGAAACGAUGAUCCAAACCACCGAACAUUUUGUAUGUAGUGUUAACAACCAUUUAACGACCAGACAAGAAAAUGAACGCUUAAAAGGAGUCAUGGCUCGCAUUGAGUCAUACGAUGUGGUGGACACCAACAACGAACAUUUGGAGAAAAUGAUCAAACAACAUAGCCAAAUGUUCGAUCUGUGUGCACCCAUGAAAGGCUGUGCCUCUCAGCAUGUACGCCAUCUCUUCAUGGAGGGCGAUCACAAAUACAAAGACAAUCUCGGCAAGGCCGAUGUGCAUUGUUUUCUACUCACCGAUAUGCUGUUGGUUUGCAAAUCGAUAGCGAAAAAAGGUCUGGGCACCUUGAAGGUGAUACGACAACCCUAUCUAACCGAUAGACUCAUUGUCCAACAUUCCAAUAAUAUUUUAAGUUGUGUUUAUGUAAACGAAUUCCAAGUGGCCGUGAACGCGUUUACACUGCAAUGCUCCGAGGCCCAGAAAUGGUAUGAGGCCCUGAAAAGGGCACGCACGAUAUAUACGCGCAUGAAGCAGAGUAGCAUUUCGACGGCCACCAAUUGGGAGGCAAUGCGUUUUGGCGGCAGUAUGAUCAGUGCUGGCACUGUUGAUAGUUUGGGUGUCAAGAAAUCGCCGCUGAACUCAUCCAUUUGUAGUCAUGUGACAAGUGCCAAUAACAGCCAUAGUGGUUCGGUGGAGUGGAAUGAUUCGCGUAACAUAUCCGUGGAGUUUGACAAGACAAAUUCUCUGUCCAGUGAUGAGGGUUGUGCAUAUUUGGGGGCCCAUGGUUUUCCUUUGAAGGGCAAACCGGUAACCACCAUUAGUCCACAGAAACUAAAAGUGAACACCAGUUCUUCCAACACCUUGACAGUCCAGCCGCUAAAUCAUUUGGGACAAAGUUUGCCCGAUUUAAAUUUACAUCACAGCCAUACUAAUCUUUACCAUACUUAUAGUAAUAAUACCCUAUUGGUACCGGGUGCAGCCAAUACAAGCAGCACACAAUCGGGUAAUUUACUAUUGUCACCUAGUCAUCGGGGUAUUUCGUAUCCACCACCAAGUCCAACGAGGGUACCACUGAGACGUGGCAUGGCCUUUUCCAAUUCCAUUAAAUAUCCACCCUUAGAGAAGACACGUAAAUUAACCUCACAGAAUAGCAUAAAUUGGCAUCAGAUUCCAGCAACGCCCACACCCACCAGUCCCCAAUCGCAGCACACAUCGCCCAGUCGCCAGGCCCUGGCACCGAAUACACCCGAUAAUGUUAGUGUAACCAGCAAUAGUAGUAGUAAUUUGGCAGUGAAUACUCUAACGGAAAGUGAGGCCGCCAGUGGUGGCUCUCAGCAGCAGCUGCAGCAGCAACAAUCAAAUCCCAUUAUUUUAUCAACCCAGUUAUCGAAUUCAACGGAAACGGAUGUUUGAUUCUUUUUCAAACGAAAGAAAAGUAAAUUUUUCAUGAAAUGAUAAAGAAAAUUUCAAACUCCCCUACCUUCGACCGCCAUACCCCCUCUUAAAGAUAGCAAUACUUUUUAUAACCAAAUUUUACUACAUCAAUCCGCAUGUAGUAAUUACGGCAAUAUACAAACAAGAAAAAAAGACAAAAAAUCAAAAACACAAAAUACUUUCAAAAAAUAAAUCAAAUCCAAAAAAAUUUAAAAUUGAAAGAAGGAAAAAACCAAAAUUAAAUUUAAUUAAAAUAAAAUAAAAAAAAAACAAAAUUUUAAUAUUAAACAACAAAAUAGUAACAAAUCAAAGAACACACACGUACACCCACAAAAUCAAGUAGCUUAGUUAAAUUUUUAAAAACGACAACAAAAAUAUAUUCAUAAAAAAACCAAAAUUACAGAAACAUAACCUUAAACUAUUCUGGGAUUUUUUUUAACCCAAUGAAAUUCCCCCCGGACCCCGAAAUUCCCUAUCCUGCAAUAUCUAAGCUUUUAUGGAAUCAAGGACUAGGUUUGUAAGAAUAAAAAGAGGAUAUGGAAUAUAAAAUAUUUAAUAAAACAAUGCCAUCUAUUGGCCCAAAAGGGUAUAAUUACACUUCCACAAUCAUGUAUAAUAUUGUUUUUUUUUUUUUUAAUUUCCCUUGUAAUUUUUGUAAAUUUCCUUAAAAAAAUGUUUUUCCAUUUAAUCCCAACUUUUGUACAUUUAUUUUCCCCCCUAAAUUUUUUUUUUUUUUUUUGUUUUUUGUUAACAUCCAUUUUAAUUCUCCGUUAAUUAUUUUAUAUAUAUUAUUUAAAAUCAGUCGUAUAAAAAACAAAAGAUCAUGUUGUAAAAAAAUGCUUAUUUUCAAACCAGUAUUUAUGUUAUAUAAAAUAUAGAGAGCUAAGUGAUUAAAAUGAUUUACCAAUAAAAAUAUCGAAAAAUUUCAAAAUA